UACAGGAGCACAGGGGCUGUUUUUACACUGUAUGGGAACACACACCAUCACACAGUGUUUGUGGAUAUCAAACUGAUGAUGUGAGGUUCCUGACAUGAGUGAAUGGCCCCUGAUAUAGCAGACAUGACAGCAGAGGAACCCCUGGGCCCAUGGGUGUCCAGCCCUGUGGGGGACGUCAAGUUAAUGCCUGAACACGGGCUGGAGAAGGAACUCAACUGCUGCAACCAGGAAGUAAUGCACCAUCACACAGACAUGCCCACUGAGGAAUGUUCAGCAAACACUGACAGUGCCAGUCUGUGCAGCGAGGAGCUGUUCUGUAGGAUCUGCCACGAAGACAGGGACUCAGGGGAGCUGCUGUCCCCCUGCAAGUGUUGCGGUAGCUUGGCCAUGGUGCACCGGGCCUGCCUGGAGCACUGGCUCACUGCCUCUAACAGCAGCCACUGUGAACUCUGCCACCACCAGUUUGCACUGGAGCGCCUGCCAAAACCUCUAACUGAGUGGUUGUGUUCUCCAUCCAUGCAGCACCAGAGGAGGACACUGUGUGGUGAUGUGGUAUGUUUCCUGUUCAUCACACCACUGGCCAGCCUGUCUGGAUGGCUGUGUGUUCAAGGAGCCAUGGACCUAUACUACACCAACGGCAUGGAGGCCCUGGGGCUCCUGGUCCUCACACUGGCCCUCUUUACCAUAUAUGUCUUCUGGACCAUGGUAUCUGUGCGCUACCACAUGCAUCUGUACAAGACGUGGAAGAAGACCGACCAGAGAGUGCGACUGCAGAUUCCCUUGCCUUCUCACACUACACAUAACCAACAGACCCUGUCCAUAAAUACCCUUGGCAAAGCCACAAACAAAGAGACUAUGGUGUAG